AUGACAAAAACUGCUCGGUUGACAUGGGGGCUCUCCAUGCGGAGGCUUAAAAUCCCUUCCUUUCUACUGGAUGCCGGGAUUUACAAACAGACCAUCUCGACUUCCUCCUUCGUCGCUGCUUCCACUGCCUUCAAAUUAAAACCACUUUUGCUCUCAAGACAUCGCCACAUUCGGGCCCCAUUGGAGUCUUCCAUGAAACAAAUGGCCUCGAGCGAUGAUAGUGAGCUAGCUCUCAUCAUCGAUUCCCAUAAAGUGGGUUCCAAAUGCACCAAAGGAAAGGUGAAAAUGAUUCAUGCUGGAGUCUCCGACCCGGGUAUGCGGUUUCUCAUCUACCUGGUCUCCCUCGCACUCAGUCUUGCCGCGUUGAGCAUCCUAAAACUCCACAAACUACUUGAAUGGCUGAUGGUGGACUCCGACACUCCUGUGACUGCCCGUCUGCAGGAGUUGAGGACUAAGUCGGCACUAAUCUCGGAGAUUCUGCGGGCAGCUGCUUUUCGCUACACCCAGUGCGUUCCUCAUCCCUCUGUUCCUGUUCCUCUGUCCAAAACGUCAACGCUGCAAUCUCACCAACAACAGCCCCUCUAUCCCAUAACGCCGACCUCUACGUCGUCUAUGGAAGCUCUACAGAUGCCUUUCAGUUCAGGAAUGUGUUUUCAUACUUGCAAACUUGCCACUGCGAUGUCGGCGCAAUGUCUCCUGUGUCUGAUGCGCAACUCUGAAGAGGAUGUCUAUCCGAGCCUAGAUCUGGGCCGCCAGCGCUGUCACAGUGAAUCUACGAUUGAUGUGCCUCCCGUCAGGUGGUCAAAACCCUCGCGUCCAAACGCAGGUAUUUGCCGCGCUCAAGUUAUCUCCAAUGCCUCCUCCAUCUGCCUCUCCGUUGAGAUGUGCUCGGGGCACCAUUCACCUUUUACCAACAAAUCUGGCCUGUACAUUGCUUCUGACGUAAAGAAUGGAGCCAGUCGUUUCUGGCGUCUAUCAGCUGAUUCUGUGACACAACGAAAAUUGCAUACUGAAGACAGUUCGUCGUCAUCAACACCACUCUUCCAUCGCUCACCGAAGUUGGUUGCCUGUGUGGCGCCUACUAGCACAAGCAUUGCGGCUGCAUCAUCGUCAUCGCCAUCGCCACCAUCGGUCCGAUCGUCUUCAUCCUCUAAGGUCGCGCUAUGCGCCCUGGAGUUUUGGAAGACUGUUCCACGUACAACUCUGUUUGCCACCCUUCAGGAGAUGGACCAGGAAUUUGAGAACGUUUUCAAUACCGAAGAAGCCCGUGCUGUGAACCUGGCCGCUGCCAGCUCUGUGAAACGGUGCUAUUUUCAUCCACGUCCCCAACCCAUUCUCUUUCCCUCUAUCCCGGUCGUCCGACGUGACUGCGCCGUUGAUGCGCGCCGCGAGACUCGAGAAGCUGCAACCUCACCACUUGUUGAAGAAGACCUCGAAGAAGGCGAUCAUCCCGAAGCUGAAGGUCUGGAGCUGGAUGACGAGGGUGUCUACUUUACUUUUGAUCUCCACAAUCGCACUGACGCCUGUUUUGAAGAAUAUACUGAUCAAGACGAAGAAGAGUGCGAAGGCUGCUCCACCGAGCCUCGCGAAACCCACAAAGCGGGUGUGCGUUACGGCGAAGGCCUCUCUGAUCUUGUCGCCUUGACCAAUAGCAUUUCAGACGACCUGCUACAGCUCGAAUCGGGAUGUCAGGAGUUAAUUAAUCGGGUGCACGCCAAUCGAAUUGAAUUGGAUCGAGUAAAUGAUAGUUUAAGUUUUGUGUGGAACACUAAGGACGAGUGCACAAGCGCUCCCGCAACCUCUACCUCUGUUUCGGUGAUGGAGAACUCGUGGAGCAGUGGUGGUAGCUGCAGCGUUUUCACCCAUCGUUACUCCCCCAUGGGCGCGUCCUUCAUCUCCUCCAGCGGCUCAUGUUGUCCUUGCAACUGCCACCGUGAAGAAUUGGUGGAAGCUAUGGUUAACCAACCGGAUCCUGAGUUGUCCUCUGAGAUGCUCUCCAGUUUAACCCUGGUGCACUCUGAGUCGCUUCCCGACGAAAAGUUCUUCCAUUCGGGAUUCUGCGCUUUUGUGCUUUCUGUAUAUUGUCACUUCAAUGCUGUGACUCGUUUUUGUCGUAUGCUGGUGACUCAUCCCACCUACAUUAACAUUAGUUCGAGGCGCCCUCCUUUGAAGAAGACAACGCAGUUGCGUGGUGCGAUACCAAUUCCCAUCAUCAAUGCGGUAGUUCGUCGUGUCGUUGUCUCUUGCCCAAGUCAGCUAGCCCUGGCCAUCCAUGCCGUGUCAAUAGUCACAGCACCAACAACUAGAAGCCCCUCCUCCUCCUCUCCCCAUCACGCGCUCAUCCCAUCUUCCCUGAUAAUGUUCAGUCUAAUGACUAUUAUAUCAGUAGCACUUAGCGUACGCAUUGUGAACCACUGCCACUGCGCUGACGCCGCACAGUUUCGAGUUCGUUGCAAUACCAACACACCAGUGCAUUAA